AUGCUUCUUAGAAACAUUUGCCUUGGGAUUGCAUUUCUUGCUGCGACCACAGUAGGUAUUAUAGGAAACUUCUUCUUCUUUACCUUUUAUGUUUUAGAUGUCCUUGUUAGACACAGGAUAAAUUCUUUAACUCUUAUAUUUAUCCAGCUGAGCUUGGUGAACUCCACCAUGCUUCUUAGCAAGGGAGUCCCACAAACAUUGCACGGUUUGGGGUGCAACUAUUUCCUGGAUGAUGUUGGGUGUAAAGUUGUAUUUUACCUUGGCAAAGUGAGUGAGGGCCUUUCAAUUUCUCUGACUUGCCUCCUGUGUACUGUCCAAGCCAUCACUCUCAGCCCCAGGAAUUUCGUGUGGUCAGAAUUCAAAGUUAGAGCCACACAACAGAUCACUCCUUCCUAUCUCUUAUGUUGGAUCUUCAAUCUGCUGAUAGAAAUUCCUGUACCAGUAAGUGCAAGAGGCCCAAGAAGUGGCAGCAACAUUACAAAUGCAUUUGAUUUUGUGUACUGUACUUCAAAACACAUCAUGAAUGUUUAUGUGAUAACAACCACUUUGCGAAAUGUGCUCUGUUUGGGGCUCAUGGUUUUGGCCAGUGGCUACAUGGUGCUUCUCCUACACAAACACCACCAGCAUGUCCAACAUAUUCGAAGCACCAAACUCUCACCCAGAAGGUACCCAGAGAUCAGAGCCACACAAACCAUCCUUUUACUGAUGAGCACAUUUGUCAGCUUUUAUGUACUCACCACCAUUUUUGCUCUUUUUCUCAGUUAUUUUGAUCAAAAAUCUCCCUGGAUGUUGUCUACUUCUAUCUUCUUGUCGCUAUGUUACCCAACCAUCACUCCCUUCGUAUUAAUCCCCAGAGCUCUCAGGACUCCCUGA